AUGGCAUCCCAAAUACACUUCUUGGAUAUAAAAGGGAAGACCUUACUUUCAAGGGAUUACAAAGGAGAUAUUCCUUCUAAUACGAUUGAAAAAUUCCCACUUUUAUUGUUAGAUCUUGAGAAUGAUGAAAAUAAUGAAGAGUCUAACUAUAAGCCAUUUGUAAACUAUCAAGGAAUAAACUAUAUCUAUAUCAAUCAUAAUAAUUUAUACGUAUGUGCAUUAACAAGAAAGAAUGAUAAUGUCAUGGCAAUAAUUGUAUUCUUAUCGAAAUUGAUUGAGGUUUUAACCGAGUAUUUCAAAGUAUUGGAAGAAGAAUCAAUCAGAGAUAAUUUCGUUAUAAUAUAUGAAUUAUUGGAUGAAAUGAUGGACUUUGGACAUCCACAAACCAGCGAUACACAAAUCUUAAAGCAAUACAUCACCCAGGAUUAUUUCAAACUCAUCAGAAAAACAUCCCUGAGACUUGUUCAACCACCUAAUGCAGUUACCAAUUCUGUUAAUUGGAGAAGUGAAGGAAUUGUCUAUAAGAAAAAUGAAGCCUUUUUGGAUGUGGUUGAGUCCAUCAAUAUGUUAAUAAACGCGCAAGGACAGGUAUUGAAUAGUGAAAUUUUAGGAGAAGUCAAAAUUAAGUCUCACUUAAGUGGUAUGCCAGACUUAAGGUUAGGGUUAAACGAUAAAGGUAUCUUUAAUAAUGAGUCUAAUAAUAAAAAUAUCGAUCUAGAGGAUAUAAAGUUCCACCAAUGUGUUAGAUUAUCAAAGUUUGAAAAUGAAAAGAUUAUUACAUUUAUACCCCCUGACGGCGAAUUUACCUUAAUGUCUUAUAGAUUGUCGUCUAACCAAUUUUUGGUGAAGCCAUUGAUUUUGGUCAAUUGUAAGACCAAAGUCCAUAAACAUUCAAGAAUAGAGAUAUUAUGUUCUGUCAAGGCUCAAAUCAAGAAAAGAUCUGUUGCUAAUAACGUGGAGAUCGUGAUCCCAUUACCAGAUGAUGCCGAUACCCCAAAGUUUACUCCAGAAUAUGGGACUGUUAAAUGGAUACCAGAGAAGGCUUGUUUGAUUUGGAAGUUGAAGACUUUCCCAGGAGGUAAGCAAUUUCACAUGAGAGCUGAAUUAGGAUUACCUUCGGUAGUUGAUUCAGAAACUAUAUUGUCCAAAAAGCCAAUUAAGGUUAAUUUUUCAAUCCCUUAUUUUACCACGAGUGGUAUCCAAGUCAGAUAUUUAAGAAUUAAUGAACCAAAAUUACAAUACCAGUCUUACCCUUGGGUCAGAUAUAUCACCCAGGCAGGAGAGGACUAUACCGUUAGACUCAAAUAA